GGUGUUAUAAUGUGCUGAUCCCUAAUGUCACUGAACUGUGCCUCCUGCACUAAGCCUAGGACACUCGACUCUGGUGGAAAUGCUCCCUAUUACAAACCAAUGAAUGUGAUAAUCUACUAAUAUAAUUAGCAAAAACAUCCCUUAGUAAAGGGCGAACAUGUAUAAGGCAUCAAAGCAAGGCUCACAAAGCUUUGGCAGUCAGGACAGUGAUAAUUUAAGAGUACCAAUAACAUGGCAGCCAGACGUCACACAGUAUCAACUCCACAAUGUCAUAGGUAGAGGAACAUUUGGCUCUAUUACGGUUCAUCUUGCCCAACACCUCCUGAGCGGGAAAAGUGUGGCUAUCAAACGGAUCAAUAUUGAAAAGAGUCCUGUGGAAUUCAAAGUUUUUCAGGAUGAAGUGAUUCUCUGUAGACAGAUGAACCAUGAAAACAUAGUGAAGUACCACUCUACAUUUGUUAAUGAUAAAGAACUAUGGAUUGUAUUACCUUUACUGGGAUAUGGGUCUGCUAGAGAUGUCCUGCAUGCCUACUUUAAGACAGGUCUACCCGAGACAGCCAUUGCCUACAUACUAAGAGAUGUAGUGAGUGCUUUAGACUAUCUUCACAAUCGAGGAAUAAUUCACAGGAGUGUAAGAGCUAGUCAUAUUUUGAUUGGAGGUAACGGUAACGUGUGUUUAGCAGGACUACGCAGUGCUUAUCACUUAAUUUACCAUGGCAAGAAAUGGUCUCGUGUCUAUGACUACCCUAAUGCCUGUAAUGGUGAUCUACAAUGGCUUAGCCCAGAAAUUCUAGAACAGAAUUUGUCAGGAUAUGAUACGAAAUCUGAUAUAUACAGUUUUGGGAUCACCAGUUGGGAACUGGCCAAUGGUUAUCCUCCUUUUGAGGAUAUGCCUGUCACUCAGAUGUUGUUGGAAAAGGUGAAUGGUACAAAACCUAUGUUACCAGACUGUACCACAAUAGGGGAGCUUACAGGGGAGGAGGAAGAUCAGCACAAUGCCAACAUGGAGAAUGGAGGUAUUGAUAUUGUGGCCAUUGCAAAGGCUCGCAAGUUUUCAUCCUAUUUUCACAGUUUGUUGGACAGGUGUUUAGAGAAAAACCCUCAAUGUCGACCUACAGCUGAGGGUCUUCUGACGGACUCCAUGUUUAAACAAUUGAAGAGGAAAUCAACAGAGGCCCUGCCAAACCUCUUACAACCCCUCACUCCUAUCAAACUGGCUAAUUUAACCAGCGUUACAACAGAGGAUGAAGCAGCAGAUUCUUUGGUUGAAGACAUGGAGCAAGUGAAUUUAGUCGGUGAAUGGGACUUCUAGAUGUCAUAAUCGUGCAGCAUCGUGAUGUUUGUUAGUGAAACUGUUUUGUUUGAAUUUAUUAACUGCAAUUUUGUUAUAUUAAGAUAAAUCAUUUUAAGGAAAAUUGA